AAAAAAAAGAAUCGACGAAAUGCUGCGCUCAGAAAACGCCGUGACGUAACAGAAAAGUGGGAGAUCCACGAAGGCCGCCCUCGCCCUCCCCUGCGCUGUGCCUGCGUUUGCUUGGGAACCRAAGUUCUUUCCACUACUUCUUCCCCUCAAUUCCCCCAACCACUUCCAUUUCUCUCUCUCUUAAACCUUUCUUCUUUGAUCUUCUAUCAAUUCCUGGUUCCCCCUCGUCUCUACUUUUUUCUUCAGCUAGGGUUUUAUUGCUCAUCGAUUCAGAUUGCAAGCUUCGAGGUGGUGAAUUCGCCUUCAUCUUCUCGGGACUCGGGUUUCUUUUUCUUGGAAACUAGUAUUUGCAUUGGCAGUAUCACUACCUGGAUUGAUCCUUUUUGUUGUGUUCGUUCUGUUCUCCUCCUCUCUCUCUCUAACUUCUAGAUGCGUUGAUAGGGUUUUGGAGAUUUCGCGUUGGAGGGUUUUGAUGAUCGCCCGGGAUAUCUGAGUGAAAUUGUACUUUGUGAUUUCGCGAUUUUGUUUCUUCCAGGGUUCUGUUUGAUCGGCUUUUCGGGGAGAUAGCCAUGGCUUCUUACAGGCCAUAUCCUCCACAAUCGUCCUUCGGUCCUUCGCCAGGUCUAAAUCCGAUUCCGCCACCGCCAGCGCAAGCAGCUCCCGUUCCAACGCAGCAGCGAGGAGGUAGUAGUCAAUAUAAUCAGAAUUGGGGUGGUUAUGGCGGUGACGGGUCUGUGCCUCCAGCUCCAUCUUCCUCGUAUCCUCAAAAUUACAACCAAGCUAAUUACCACCAGCAGCAGCAUUAUGGUCCGCCGAGAACCCAACACCCUCCACCACCUCCUCCUCCUCACCAAUCGUAUCCUUAUGCACCGCAGCCGCCGCCACCGCCGCCACCCGAUUCUUCCUAUCCUCCGCCUCCACCACCGCCAGCUCCUUCGGGUCCCCAACCUCAUCUUUACUAUCCUCCUUCACAGUAUUCCCAGRGUAAUCAAAAUCAGCAGUCCGUACAGUCAAUGCAGCCACCACCUCCGCCCUCGUCUCCACCACCAAACUCUUCAAUUCCGCCGCCCCCACCCCCAAAUUCUCCGCCACCUUCAUCGGCGCCUCAACCAAGAGCGGAGGGUGCAAACAUGGGAGCACACGAGCGUGAUAAAGGGAUUUCAAAGGAUCCGUCAUAUGGCAGGCGUGAACGUGAAAAUUCAAAUCAUGAUAAACACCAGAGGCACCCUGGUCCCCCAAUGCCUCCGAAGAAAGCAAACGGACCUUCAGGGAGAAUUGAGACGGAGGAUGAGAAAAGACUGAGGAAGAAGAGAGAAUUCGAAAAGCAAAGGCAAGAUGAGAGGCAUAGACAUCAUAUAAAAGAAUCCCAAAACACAAUUCUGCAGAAGACCCAGAUGUUAUCUACCGGGAAGGGGCAUGGAUCAAUUGUGGGGUCCCGAAUGGGGGAAAGGAGGGCCACUCCAUUUCUUAGUGGUGAGAGGAUAGAAAAUAGGUUGAAGAAGCCAACAACAUUUUUGUGCAAGUUGAAAUUCCGGAAUGAGCUUCCAGAUACAAGUGCACAGCCGAAACUCAUGUCAUUGCGGAAAGAUAAAGAUUACUAUACAAAAUAUACAAUCACAUCGCUAGAGAAAAUGUACAAACCUCAGCUUUACGUUGAGCCAGAUCUUGGAAUACCUCUCGAUUUGCUUGACCUCAGUGUAUACAACCCUCCUAGUUCUAGAAUGUCCCUUGCUCCUGAAGAUGAGGAAUUAUUACGUGAUGAUGUGUUGACAACUCCAGUUAAAAAAGAUGGUAUAAAAAGAAAAGAACGUCCUACUGAUAAAGGGGUUGCCUGGCUUGUUAAGACACAGUACAUCUCUCCUCUUAGCAUUGAAUCCGCAAAACAGUCUUUGACUGAAAAACAAGCAAAAGAGCUUCGAGAAAUGAAGGGAGGGCGUAAUAUUCUUGAGAACCUCAAUAGUAGGGAAAGGCAAAUUAAGGAAAUUGAGGCGUCGUUUGAGGCAUGCAAGUCACGCCCUGUUCAUGCAACUAAUAAGAAUUUAUAUCCUGUAGAGGUUUUACCUCUUCUGCCUGAUUUUGAUAGGUAUGAUGAUCCAUUUGUUGUGGUGGCGUUUGAUAGUGCUCCCACGGCUGAUUCAGAGACUUUCAACAAGUUAGACCAAUCCAUCCGCGAUGCUCAUGAAUCGCAGGCGAUAAUGAAAAGCUAUAUGGCAACAGGCUCAGACCCAACAAAACCUGAGAAAUUUCUGGCGUACAUGGUUCCUUCUCCAGAUGAGCUGUCCAAGGAUAUGUAUGAUGAACAAGAAGACGUUUCAUUUUCCUGGGUUCGUGAGUACCAUUGGGAUGUACGAGGAGAUAAUGUGGAUGAUCCCACGACAUAUCUCGUUUCGUUUGAUGAUGCAGAAGCUCGUUAUGUGCCACUUCCUACAAAGCUUGUUCUGAGAAAAAAGAGGGCUAAAGAAGGGAGAUCAACCGAUGAGGUUGAACAUUUUCCUGCACCUUCGAGAGUGACUGUAAGGAGGAGACCAACAGUAGCUACUUUGGAAGUGAAGGAUCCAGGGGUUUACUCGAAUUCGGAAAGGGGAUCUGAUAUUGAACAUGGUCUUGGAAGAUCACAUAAACAUGAUAGACACCAAGAUAUGGAUCAAUACAGUGGAGCUGAAGACGAGUUGUCUGAUUGAUUAGUUCAUGUUUUGCCUCAGCCAAAGAUUAUCUUCCUGAUGCAAACGCAGCCAUCUGGCAGAAAUUCUCCCAAAUUUUUUUAAAACCACCGGAUGAUUAUGGUAUUGUGUUGAGUGUGUACGUUACAUGUCUAUCACCACACAAACUAAAGUCUUUGUAUGCAAUCUUGAAUAUUUCUAAUUUAAUCUGUAUAGUUUCUCUCUUGGACAUGGCAAAGAAAAAAGUGAAAUCUGAAAAAGGGAAUCGCAUCAGAUCCUCCCUCCCUCCCAUUUUUCUAGUAAAAUUGAUGUAAUGAUCUCUAAGAUGAUUCUUUUAGAUGGGCAGACAAUUCUCUCGUGGAUGGGCACUGUACACGUGUCUUGGAUAAUAAAUUGGUGAAAGUUGAACUCUACUUUAUAAUAGACGAGUAUUUUCAA